AUGAAGUACAUCGCAUCCACACUUGCGCUCGCUGCAGCCGCCUCGGCGCGCACGAUCACCGUGUACAAUGCGUGUCCGUUCACGAUCUGGCCUGCGCUGUUUACCUCAGCAGGCGGUCGGCCGUCACAGCCUACGGGCUGGUCGGCGGGCUCCUUCACCUCUGUGACGUUCUCCGUCCCCGACCAAUGGAACGGCCGCAUCUGGGGCCGCCGCGACUGCGACUUCUCCGUCAACCCGGGGCCUAACUCGUGUGGCGAUGGCGGCUGCAAUGGCGGACUGCUCUGCGACCCCUCGACGGGAACGGGCGUGCCCCCCGCGUCACUCGCGGAGUUCAACCUUAACGCCGGCGGCACGGACUUCUACGACGUGUCGCUCGUUGACGGGUAUAACCUCCCCAUGCGUAUCGACAACAGCGCCGGGUGCGGCGCGCCGGCGUGCGCUGUCGACCUGGGGCCAAACUGUCCAGCGGAGCUCAAGGGCCCCUUCGACUCGACGGGCUUCCCGAUCGGGUGCAAGUCCGCCUGUGUCGUGGAUGCGCUCAACGGAAACGCCGGCAACUCGCCAAACUGCUGCAGUGGCCAAUUCGACACGCCGCAGACGUGCCCGUCCAGCGGAGUGAAGGACUACAGCUACUUCAAGAACGCGUGCCCCACGGCCUACGCGUACGCGUACGACGACGCGACCGCGCUCUUCACGUGUCCCGCAUCAAGCGGCGCCACCUAUACCGUUACAUUUUGCCCCUGA